AUGGGUAAUCCAGCAAAAUUUCACAGCAACACGUCCUUCAUCAUGAUAAACAGUACCGAUAAUUUCACCUUCUUUGAGCAAAACAGCGUGCCGUUUUUCUUCCUCAACGACCAAGACGGUAUUAGUAACAGCACUGAUGUCGUAUCUUCGGAGAUUAUCUACUACGUGCGCCACAUUCUCUACACAUCGGCAGCAGUGAUUUGUGGCUUUGGCAUUGUGUUCAACGUCAUCAUUUUGUGCGUGUUCUGUCGACAAGGCUUCGCGGAGUGUGUUCACAUUUCUCUAGUGGGCCUCGCGGUGUCAGAUUUGCUGGUCCUGUCUCUGAGUCUGCUUUACCGGCCCUUUUCCUGGUACCUAGAGAUCUGGUUCGGUGAAGAGCCCACAGAGCUUCUGCAUGCUGGAGGCUGGCUGGUGCUAGGCCUGGCUAUAAAUAGCUCGUCGCUCGCGGUCUUCAUCUGCGUGGAGCGGUGCCUCUGUAUCGCACUUCCCUUCAAGGUCAAGGAAAUAAUCACCCCGAAGGUCACGUUGAUCGCUGUGGUGGCCAUCUUCGUGGUUGCCAUAGGAACCGUUGUGCCGUCUCUUUUCGCCCUCAGAUUUGGGUAUCGCCGUGACUCCACCAACAAUGCCACUGUUCUAAACCUUUAUUUCACGGAGCACUACGUAAUUCUCACCUAUAUUUCCUACGUCCUAGCCACGCCUUUACAAAUCUCUUCGCUAAUCUGUCUCUGCGUAGUGACCUUGGCCUUAAUAAUUUUCCUCACUCAACACCAGAGAUCUCGACAAGGAUUUUUACGGUCGUCAACCACUGCCACUACACCAACCACCUCCACUACAACAACAGCAGCGGCGGUGGCGGCGACGACGACAGCAGCAAACAGCAACAGCGGCAACAGCAACAGCUCAAGCACCUCCUCCUCCGUCAAAGAGAGGCGUCUGAUCCGCAUGGUGGUCUUGCUCUCCUCCGUUAUCCUGCUGUGUUUCCUCCCGGCGCAGAUGUCCUCAGUGGCGACCUUGAUAGAACCGGAGUUCAGCGGUCAAGGUCGCUACGGAAAGCUGUACCGUCUGUGUUGGGGCGUGGCGUACUUCUUGUAUGCCGUCAACUCGAGCAUCAACGUGUUUGUCUAUUACAGCAUGAGUUCAAAGUUCAAGAAAACGCUUAGGUCCAUGUUGGGCCUCAAAUAA